AUUCUAAAUUAUCCUUCUUUCAAGACAUUUUGUAACCAGACAUUUCUCUUACAAAUAUCUGGGAAGAAAAUACCUGCCAUCGUAAUCCUAAAAAUAGAUUUCCUUAAAAAGAAUUUGGAAUUCGAAAAACAAACGUACCCUUUACCUUGACCUUAACAUCAAGGAAACUGGAUUGACCUCUUUACCACUAAGCCAUAAGGGUAAAUAUGUAAUUUAAUAUUUAAGUUAUAUGUGACGCGUAUCGUCCAAAACCAAUAAAAGAACAAGUGGUGAAAUCGUAUUCAUUCAUUCAAUUUCCUCUGUUUUGUCUUCACACUAAUCCCAUUUCAACUUCCAAACUCUCCAAAACCCUUUCUUUUUGUCUUCGUUCGUGCGUGCGCCUUUCUAUUUUCCCGCUUUCCACCAUCACCGAAAAAGGGUCGGUUCAGUUACUUUCCCCCAAAAUCAUGGCACCGGUUACUCGUAGAACCUCAUUCCCCAAAGUUGUCAUUGAAAGAGACUCUGACUCAGAACAGAGUUCCUCUGAUGAAGAACAAGAAGAAGAUGAAACACUUGAAGAAGAACAAGAACAAGAAGAAGAAAAUGGGGUUAUUGAAAAUGCAAAGAUCGAGAAACUUGAAGUGGGUUUUGAUGCUAAUCGAAAAGGGAAACAACCCAUUACUUUAACUCUCAGAAAAGUUUGCAAGGUGUGUAAGAAGCCUGGUCAUGAAGCAGGAUUUAAGGGUGCUACUUAUAUUGAUUGCCCAAUGAAACCUUGUUUUCUUUGUAAAAUACCUGGGCACACCACUUUGAAUUGUCCACAUCGGGUCACUACUGAGCAUGGUGUUGUUCCAGCACCCCGCAGAAAAACAUCUAAACCUUUGGAGUACGUGUUUGAACGCCAGCUAAGACAUGCCAUUCCUACAAUCAAGCCCAAAUAUAUGAUCCCAGACCAAGUGAAUUGCGCUGUUAUCAGAUAUCAUAGUAGACGGGUAACAACCUUGGAGUUCCACCCCACGAAGAAUAACAUCUUGUUAUCAGGAGAUAAGAAAGGACAACUUGGAGUCUGGGAUUUCGAAAAAGUACACGAGAAAGUAGUCUAUGGUAACAUACAUUCGUGUAUAGUGAAUAACAUGAGGUUUAAUCCUACAAAUGAUUGUAUGGUCUAUUCUGCGUCGUCAGAUGGAACUGUUAGUUGUACUGACUUGGAGACUGGAAUAUCAUCCUCUCCGAUGAACCUGAAUCCUGAUGGAUGGCAGGGUCCAAAUACCUGGAAAAUGCUGUAUGGCAUGGAUAUUAACUAUGAGAAAGGUCUUGUGCUUGUUGCCGAUAGCUUUGGUUUUCUUCACUUGGUCGACAUGCGGUCCAACCACAGGAAUGGCGAUGCAGUUUUGAUCCAUAAAAAGGGUAGCAAAGUUACUGGAAUUCAUUGCAAUCCAAUUCAACCGGACAUCCUUUUGACUUGUGGCAAUGAUCAUUACGCACGUAUUUGGGAUAUGCGUCGCUUAGAAGCUGGAUCAUCCCUCUGUAGCCUUGAGCACAAGCGUGUUGUUAACUCUGCAUAUUUCUCUCCAAUAUCUGGAAACAAAAUUCUUACUACAUCACAGGACAAUCGUCUUCGUAUAUGGGAUUCUAUCUUUGGUAAUAUGGAAUCUCCUAGUCGAGAAAUUGUGCAUAGUCAUGAUUUCAAUCGCCAUUUAACCCCCUUCAAAGCUGAAUGGGAUCCAAAGGAUCCGUCAGAGUCACUUGCCGUUGUUGGCCGUUACAUAAGUGAAAAUUUUAAUGGCACAGCCCUGCAUCCUAUUGAUUUUAUAGAUACAAGUACAGGGCAGUUGGUAGCGGAAGUGAUGGACCCGAACAUCACAACCAUCAGUCCAGUGAAUAAGCUGCAUCCACGUGAUGAUAUCCUGGCAACUGGGAGUUCUAGAUCUCUAUUCAUUUGGAAGCCCAAGGAGAGAUCCGAGCCAGUCGAGGAGAAGGAUGAAAGGAAAAUUGUGGUUUGUGGAAAAGCCGAGAAGAAACGUGGUAGGAAAAAAGUUGAUAAUAGCGAUGAAUCCGAUGAUGAUGGAUUCAUUUCAAAGCUGAAGAAGCCCAAGUUGAAGCAGACUGAGUGGAAAUUGUCGCGCUGCUCGAAAAAGGAUAAUCGCUAAAAUGUUCAGUUUUUCAGUUUUUUGUAUGUUAAGGUUUUCUAAUCCAACUGCUAACCAUGUAUAGGUUACCAUGCUCCCUUCUUUUGUUUUUUUGAGGUUGGAGCAAUGAUUUUGUAUAAGAGGCAUAUGUGACAUUCUCUUUAG